CCUCCAACCAACAUCGCCGACGCUCCCGAGGUCUCAUGGCCACGACUUUUUUCAGCGUCCAUCCGGCUCCGGGCCCUAGUUCCCAGUGCUCCUGGCAUGACAACCCCGUCGGCACAAAGUCCCCAAGAAUGGCAACCUCGAAGGAAAUACGCGACAGUGCUCUCCGUCGGCUUCUUUGAAAGCUUAACGUUCUUGGUGUCGAUGAUGCUCGCACCCUGCGUCCCACAGAUGCUUGCUUCUCUCGAGCCCACUGGAGGCAACAAAGCCCUAGGCGCCUUUGCGAUAUCCAGCUACAUUCUCGGCUUCACCAUUGGAAUUCUGGCCAUCGCGCCCCUCGCCAAAGUGUACGGACGAGCUCCGGUGCUGCGCGGCAGCUCGUUCGGCUUCCUUAUAUUCACUUUGCUCUGUGCCACCUCGAGGUCCAUGGGCAUGCUCAUUGCUGCGCGCAUCCUUGCUGGCUGCUUCGGUGGGGUCCCCAUGGCCCUUGGUGGUGCUGUUAUUGCCGAUGUUUUUGGGCCUGGGAGCAGACACAAGGCAACGGCGCUUUACACUCAGAGUGUCAUGAUAGGCCCCUUGGUCGGCCCUGUAUUGGGAGGUGCCAUCAACGAAGGCCUGGGCUGGCGCUGGGUCUUUUGGAUUACUUCCAUACUGGCGGGAAUCUGCUCACUGGCCAUUUUCUUCCUGUUAGAGGAGACGGGUAUUGCUUCACUUUCGGAGAAUGGCCAUGACCAAACGACCAGUGACAGUAGAGACUGCAUCACCGUGCGCUGGCCAUUUCCUUCGAUGUCGGGGCUCCUGAGCCUUGCCGCGACAGCAAAGGAGCUGACCCCUCCAAACAUGGCUAUCACCGCAGCACUUCUGGCUACACUGGUGAACAACGGUGUCUUCAACAUGAUACUCGUAUCUCUAGGUUCAACGGUUCAGGAACAGUACUCCUUCUCGCGCACCGAGGCCGGGCUCCCAUAUCUAGCUUCCGGACUUGGAUGUACAGCUGGUCUAUGUGUCGUCCCGAGUAUCAGCAGAAGAAUCAAACGCGCGAAGAAUGAGCAUGGAGAAUGUGUGACGCCUGAGGAUAGCUUGAUACUGGUAUAUUACGGCGCGCCGAUCGCGUCGGCCGGCUUAUUGCUCUUCGGGUGGAUGGUGGAAUAUCGCCUCCUCUUUGUAAUUCCAACCAUUGGAUUAUUCAUCUUCGGGCUAAGCUCAAUUGCCGUACGGCUUUCAAUUCAGAUUUACCUGAUGGACUCUAGGUCGUCACACUCGGUUUCUAUCAUGGCUGCCUUUGCCACCGCAAACUCGAUUGGCGGUUCAAUCCUUCCUCUAGCUAUAUUUCCACUAUAUGAGCGUCUAGACUAUGGGUAUGGAAAUAUGAUUAUUGCUGGCGUUGAACUAGGCCUAGGUUUGCUGCCUCUAUUCUGCUCUACUUCUAUGUUUCGCCGGUGGCCUUGUAGCCGUAGCUAUAUAGGCUAG